CUCUUUAAAUUUGGUUGUGCUGCAUGAGAGCCAAAGCGUAGAGGUAGGAAGAUUAAUUAGAAGAGAAAUGGGGAGUUCUCAUGAGCUUACAAGAAAUGGCCAUAAGGAUGUUUCACUUCAAGAACUCAGUGAUAGGCUUGCUGAGUUUGCUCAACUAAGAGGAUGGGAAGAAUAUCACAGCCCCAGAAAUCUCCUUCUAGCACUAGUGGGAGAGGUUGGAGAACUGUCUGAAAUUUUCCAGUGGAAGGGUGAAGUUGCAAGAGGGCUGCCUAACUGGACUUCUGAUGAGAAAGAGCAUUUGGAAGAGGAGCUCUCUGAUGUUCUGCUCUACCUGAUUCAACUCGCCGACGUCUGCGGACUUGAUCUGGGACAAGCAGCUCUCACCAAGAUUGUCAAGAAUGCAAGAAAAUACCCCGUUACGAAUAAAACAACAGCUUCCACCACCAACUAGCUAUAAGAUCAAAAUUAAGAACCACCUCUAUAUGUUUGGACUCAUGCUGCUUAUUUUUUCUUAAGUUGAUCAUGUCAAUUACGAUCAUAGUUUUGUUUAGAGAGGAAUCUACUUCCUAAUCCUUCUUAAUAAUAUAUCUACGCAUGACUUUUUUUUUUUUA